AUGAACGACCUCUUGUGCAAGAUGGCUACCUCUCCUGACAUGGCCGGCAUCGCCAGCCUAGGCUGUCAACUCGCUACGAAGCUGGUGGCUUACGCGAUCGGCACGUCCGAAUCACUCUCUGCGAUCCCGUUUCUGGUCGAAGAUAUCUUUGCAACCGCAACAGCACUCGGUGAGCUGCGAGAGUUCCUCGCCUCUGACGCUGGCGCGGCAUCACCUGUCUACAAGCGUGCCGGCCGCGAAGCCAUUGAAGAUCUCGCAACGCGAUGCGGCAAAGUCUACACCACUAUCAUCCGCACCAUCUACCGUGCCAGUCUCUCUGCCAAGGUGGUCGAAGGUGUUGACUUUGAGGCACUUGGCCCCCAGGAUCUGAAACCUUCCAGGCUCAUCGCCGUCAAGGCCAACAUGAAGUGGGAGAUGAUCUCAGACGCUGUUGACGACUGCAGAGACCAGUUGCGCUGGCUCAAGCCCAGUCUUUUGCUGCACCUACAAGUGGCCAAUAUCGCACACCUACAGACCACAUUCAGAGCCCCUGGAAGUUUCGACGAUGAGUUAGCCUCGAGGGCGCUAGCAAUUCGGAUGCUGAUGCGCAAGGUCGCGGCCACCAAGUCAAUUGUUAAAGUUGCCGAGAGGAAGGAGAGACUGGCAUUGUCAGACAAGUCUGACACCAUGAGCGUUACUUCUGAUGCGCCGUCUUCAAAUGGCGACGAUUCCAACGAUGAUACAGCAUCCUGGAAGUCCGGAAAAACGGCCAAAGACUCAACCGUGCCGUCCAUCCGUGGCGAUAAGACAGUUGAGAAGGCUGAUGUUCCUCCUGUCUCGAAUUCUAUCGCGCCACCUCCGCCUCCGCAUGUUUUUCCAACAAGUAUCUGGCACCAGCCGCGGAAUGGGGGCCCUGAUGCCGGCCCUGUUGAAAUAAAAUUGCUGGCCCCGAAGCCCCGGUUCCCGGUCAAAGUCUUCAAAAGCAUGGGGAAAUGGGUCAAGGGUCUCUUUCGCCGCAAGACCACCCCUUGCCUCGACGACGUGGAAUUGGAGGCGACCAUUCUGAGACACGGGCCGUUCUACGAUCAGAUGGCCUUUGAGCCAAACAUGCUGCGCCGGGAGCUGAAGCGCAUCCUGAAGCGCCGUUCCGAUACCUCCAAUGAUGCGUUGGUCCCCCAAGAUAGCCAGCUCCGCUCAGCUGUCUCGAACGCCCUCCUGCGUGCUCAGAAGAAGGACGGAAGGGUGAGACAGCUGAUAACUGUCGAUCUCACAACCCAGACCGAUGUCGCCGUUGUCUUUAUGUCUGUCAAGCCCGCCCUCGAGCCUAUCCACAUGACAGACGUUCUUGGCCGCAAGUACGACCUACCGUAUGAGAUGUGUCGGACUGUUCAAGUAAGCUCACUUCCCAAGAUGGCAUGCGUCGACCAUGGUGCGCGCAUGUGCAUCCGCGACCGCUUCAGAGAUGUUAACAGGCUGUGGUCCAUCGUCAGAGAUGGAGCCUUCGAAGUUGUCGACGAGUGCGACACCGUCAUAAUACCAGAGGCGUGGGCCACAACAAUCAAGCCAGGGGCCGUUGUCAAGAUGCGCGUCUCAGCCUUCAGCGACAGCGGAAAAAUCUUCACGCACGUGAAUCAAGGAUGCGAGCCCCUCACCUGGGCCGAGCCUUUGGGGAGGCCGGCCUGCUACCGACCUCCAGGUAUGCCUCCGCAUAUGGGGCCGAGAAAUUUCCCUCCCCCUUCGAGGCCCCUGCCAGGCAUGAGUAGGCCGCCGCCACGGCCGCCUACGCAGCCGUUCAUUGUCAGCACUGCCCAGAAGGCCGCCGCCGGAUACGAGCUUGGCUUCGAGCCGGACUUUGGCCCCCCUCUGACCCGCGAGGAGGACCUCGGCGAGGAACGCAAGGACCUCGGAGCGUGGGUCGCUCUGUGGACCAACGCCACGGACACCAACUUCACCACCGACUCGGGAGAGAUUCCGUCGUACGAUGACGCCUCGUCCAUCUGUUCCGGGUCGUCCUCGUCUUCCUCGGAAGAGAUCGUCGACUGA